AUAGAUCAGAGCCUAGCCAGAGCCAGAGCUGAGAGCCGAGGAGGGAAACGAAGAAGCGGCCAUGGCGAUGAAGCGGCCGGCGCGCAGCGACCCACACCUGCCACCCGAGGAGGCGGCACGGGUGGAGGCCGAGGUUCGGAGCUACUUCGACAGCGUCGCGCCGAGGCGCCCGGCCAAGCCGCCGCGCAGCGACCCGUCGGUGGACACCUUCGCGGAACCCGCCGCCGUCGACGCCGGGGACCACGACUUGCCGGAGCUCCGCAAGCUGCGCGACCUCGAGGCGAAGCCCCAGAAGCUGGUGUUGGACGGAGGGGGAGGGGACGUGGAUGGCGGGGAGGAUUACGUGGAGACGCGAUACUACGAUGGCCUCAUAGGCAUCGACAAGCAGCAUCACACGACUGGGACAGGCUUUAUCAAAGUGGAGAGAUCCAAUGGCAGCACCUUCAGUGUGAUGACUAACGGCUACCCACCUGCCAGCUCUGUCCGCUGCACGAGCAAUCCUGCGACAAAUGAUUGGAUACCAUCUUCUGAAUCGAUCAUCCCUGCUUCGAACAAGCCCAGCAGGAGCGACUCCUGACCAGCCUUUCCUUGCCUUGAAGUGCCGUGGAUUGCUUACCUGCAAAGAUAAUAAAAUGCACUGCUUCUGUGUGGUAGUACCGUAGUAGUGCAGCACGCGGCAGAGAUCCUGACUUGACACUCGAGAGAGAGAGAAGGGAAGCAUACUGCCGGAGUGCCGGGCGCACGGGUUGGGGACACGAGAUGUGACUACUUCAACGAAGAAUGUGUACGGGCACGGGUGCGUCAGCACAUGUUACUUGUUGCUGCACCUGCACACUACUGUUCGAGUGUUGAUAAUGAACUACAGACCCUGAAUGAAUGUGCCUAUGUGAUGGUUUGGU